GAGCUCCGCCUUCCUUCUAUCAUUCCCACAAGGCAGCAGGAGCAGAGAGCAGCCAUUGCUGUGUCUGGCAGCAGGAGGGGGAGUAUAUAGAGGAACACACGGUUCUGUACAAGGACGUGAUGAUGGAGAAUCACCGGCCCCUCACAUCACUGGAUGGGCCCAGUAACAGAGAUACCCCAGAGAGAUGUCCCCGUCCUCUGUAUUCCCAGGAUUGUACAGAGGAGAAUCACAGGAUCCCACAGGAGGAUCAGGAAGAACGUCUGUCUGAUAUUAAAAUAGAAGAUACAGGGGGAGAAGAAGAGACGUAUGUGACUGAUAUAAAGGCAGAAGAUAUAGAGGGAGAAGAAGAGACGUAUGUGACUGAUGUAAAGGCAGAAGAUAUAGAGGGAGAAGAAGGAACGUAUGUGACUGAUAUAAAGGCAGAAUAUAUAGAGGGAGAAGAAGAGAUAUAUGUGACUGAUAUGAAGACAGAAGAUAUAGAGGGAGAAGAAGAGACGUAUGUGACUGAUAUGAAGACAGAAGAUAUAGAGGGAGAAGAAGAGACGUAUGUGACUGAUAUGAAGACAGAAGAUAUAGAGGGAGAAGAAGAGACGUAUGUGACUGAUAUAAAGGCAGAAGAUAUAGAGGGAGAAGAAGAGACGUAUGUGACUGAUAUAAAGGCAGAAGAUAUAGAGGGAGAAGAAGAGACGUAUGUGACUGAUAUGAAGGCAGAAGAUAUAGAGGGAGAAGAAGAGUCGCAUGUGACUGAUAUAAAGACAGAAGAUACAGAGGGAGAAGAAGAGACGUCUGUGACUGAUAUGAAGGCAGACGAUAUAGAGGGAGAAGAAGAGACAUAUGUGACUGAUAUAAAGGCAGAAGAUACAGAGGGAGAAGAAGAGACGUAUGUGACUGAUAUAAAGGCAGAAGAUAUAGAGGGAGAAGAAGAGACGUAUGUGACUGAUAUAAAGGUAGAAGAUAUAGAGGGAGAAGAAGAGAUGUAUGUGACUGCUAUAAAGGCAGAAGAUAUAGAGGGAGAAGAAGAGACGUAUGUGACUGAUAUAAAGGCAGAAGAUACAGAGGGAGAAGAAGAGACGUAUGUGACUGAUAUAAAGGCAGAAGAUAUAGAGGGAGAAGAAGAGACGUAUGUGACUGAUAUAAAGGCAGAAGAUAUAGAGGGAGAAGAAGAGACGUAUGUGACUGAUAUGAAGGCAGAAGAUAUAGAGGGAGAAGAAGAGUCGCAUGUGACUGAUAUAAAGACAGAAGAUACAGAGGGAGAAGAAGAGACGUCUGUGACUGAUAUGAAGGCAGACGAUAUAGAGGGAGAAGAAGAGACGUAUGUGACUGAUAUAAAGGCAGAAGAUAUAGAGGGAGAAGAAGAGACGUAUGUGACUGAUAUAAAGGUAGAAGAUAUAGAGGGAGAAGAAGAGAUGUAUGUGACUGCUAUAAAGGCAGAAGAUAUAGAGGGAGAAGAAGAGACGUAUGUGACUGAUAUAAAGGCAGAAGAUAUAGAGGGAGUAGAAGAGACGUAUGUGACUGAUAUAAAGGCAGAAGAUAUAGAUGGAGAAGAAGAGACGUAUGUGACUGAUAUGAAGGCAGAAGAUGUAGUGGGAGAAGAAGAGACGUAUGUGACUGAUAUGAAGGCAGAAGAUAUAGAGGGAGAAGAAGAGACAUAUGUGACUGAUAUAAAGGCAGAAGAUAUAGAGGGAGAAGAAGAGACGUAUGUGACUGAUAUAAAGGCAGAAGAUAUAGAGAGAGAAGUAGAGACGUAUGUGACUGAUAUAAAGGCAGAAGAUACAGAGGAAGAAGAAGAGACGUAUGUGACUGAUAUAAAGGCAGAAGAUAUAGAGGAAGAAGAAGAGACGUAUGUGACUGAUAUAAAGGCAGAAGAUAUAGAGGGAGAAGAAGAGACGUAUGUGACUGAUAUAAAGGCAGAAGAUAUGAAGGGAGAAGAAGAGACGUAUGUGAGGGGUGAUCAGCAGUGUAAGGAGGAGGAGAUCCCUACAGAUAUCAGCACAGCAGAUGGACACACAAGCAGGAAUAUCACAGAAGGACAGCUAAUGUUAUCCGCGGAUUGCGAAAUAAGAGAUAAUGACAGUAGACCGGAUUCUCCAGGAGCUAACCCCAUUACCCCAAUUAUACAUCCAGCUCUAUCAGCUGAUCCCUCUGAUACUGGAAAAUGUUCUCCUGAUCACUCUGAUAUUGGUGCAUCUGUUACAGCUCAGAGAGUAGAUCCAGAGUUUCCAUGUGCUAUAGAUGCCAAAUGUUUUACACAGAACACAAAGCCUAUUAACCCGCAGAUAAGUAAGGCAGGUGAGAGGCCAUUUCUAUGUUCUGAGUGUGGGAAAUGUUUUCCAUACAAAUCAGAUCUUGUUAGACAUCAGAGAAGUCACACAGGUGAGAGGCCAUUUCCAUGUUCUGAGUGUGGGAAAUGUUUUGCACACAAAUCAGAUCUUGUUAAACAUCAGAGACAUCACACAGGUGAGAAGCCAUUUCCAUGUUCUGUGUGUGGGAAAUGUUUUGCACACAAAUCAGAUCUUGUUAUACAUCAGCGAAGUCACACAGGUGAGAAGCCGUUUCCAUGUUCUGAGUGUGGGAAAUGUUUUGCAAACAAAUUACAUCUUAUUAGACAUAACAGAAAUCACACAGGUGAGAGGCCAUUUUCUUGCUCUAAGUGUGGGAAAUGUUUUAUCCAGAAAUCAUAUCUUGUUAUACAUCAAAGAAGUCACACAGCUGAGAAUCUAUUUCCAUGUUCUGAGUGUGGGAAAUGUUUUGCACAUAAAUCAAGUUUUGUUACACAUCAGAGAUAUCACACAGGUGAGAAGCCAUUUCCAUGUUCUGAGUGUGGGAAAUGUUUUAUCCUUAAAUCACAUCUUGUUAUACAUCAAAGAAGUCACACAGGUGAAAAUCCAUUUCCAUGUUCUGAAUGUGGGAAAUGUUUUGUACACAAAUCAGAUCUUGUUAUACAUCAAAGAAGUCACACAGGUGAGAGGCCAUUUUUUUGCUCUGAGUGCGGGAAAUGUUUUAUCCAGAAAUCACAUCUUGUUAUACAUCAAAGAAGUCACACAGGUGAGAAUCUAUUUCCAUGUUCUGAGUGUGGGAAAUGUUUUGCACACAAAUCAAGUCUUGUUACACAUCAGAGAAGUCACACAGGGGAGAAGCCAUUUCUAUGUUCUGAGUGUGGAAAAUGUUUUAUCCUUAAAUCACGUCUUGUUAUACAUCACAGAAGUCACACAGGUGAGAAGCCAUUUCCAUGUUCUGAGUGUGGGAAAUGUUUUGGACACAAAUCAGAUCUUGUUAAACAUCAGAGAAGUCACACAGGUGAGAGGCCAUUUCCAUGUUAUGAGUGUGGGAAAUGUUUUACAUACAAAUCGCAUCUUGUUAGACAUCAGAGAAGCCACACAGGUGAGAGGCCAAUUCCAUGUUCUGAGUGUGGGAAAUGUUUUGCACACAAACCAGAUCUUGUUAAACAUCAGCGAAGUCACACAGGUGAGAAACCAUUUCCAUGUUCUGUGUGUGGGAAAGGUUUUACAAACAAAUCGCAUCUUGUUAGACAUCAGAGAAGUCACACAGGUGAUAGGCCAUUUCCAUGUUCUGAGUGUGGGAAAUGUUUUGCACACAAAUCAGAUCUUGUUAAACAUCAGCAAAGUCACACAGGUGAGAAACCAUUUCCAUGUUCUGUGUGUGGGAAAGGUUUUACAAACAAAUCGCAUCUUGUUAGACAUCAGAGAAGUCACACAGGUGAGAAGCCAUUUCCAUGUUCUGAGUGUGGGAAAUGUUUUGCACAGAAAUCAGAUCUUGUUAUACAUCAGAGAAGUCACACAGGUGAGAGGCCAUUUCCAGGUGAAAUAAUCAGGUGUUAUGUCCUCAUCUAUUACUGCUAUGCAGAUGACCUGUCUUUUGCUCCGGAGGCAGCCACUGUACCAAGCGAAACACCCGGAAGACUCCCACCUACAUUUUACAACAAGAAGAAGAGAAUUGUUUGGGCCAAGAAACACAAGGAAUGGACAUUAGACAAGUGGAAAACUGUACUUUGGUCUGAGUCCAAAUUUGAGAUUUUUUAUUCCAACCACCGUGACUUUGUGAGACGCAGAGAAGAAAUGCCACAGUGUGCAUUACUCAAUGUCAAGUAUAUGGUGGCGCAGCUGAGCCAGCAAGUGCGGCUGAUGGCGGUGGAGGCCAGACCACUGCCACUCGAGUUGUACAAUGGUCCGCCACGUGUGAACCUCAGUGUAGGCCACACGCUUUCGAGCAUUAGACAUGUGAACAUCGAGCCUCAUGUGAACAUAGCUCAGCGAGAAGCUGUUUCUAAAGAAGUUAAAACCAUGUUAGAACUUGGAGUCAUAGAGGAAUCUAACAGGUGUAAUGUCUUGGUCACCAUGGUGACUGCCCAGCCAGGACUUGGAGAAGGAACCAGGGUGCCAGUUUGGCACAUACAUAGACCUAGGACCUUCACAUUUGGUGGCAAGCAGUGGGUAUUGCACAACUACACCUUCCCAUUUGCUGAUAUAGAAGAUGGACACCUAUUAACCAGCUGGCAGGGGAUCUAUGAGGACUGUGUCCAAGAGGAGAUAACCAUGGAUGGGAUAAAGGCAGAAGAUAUAGAGGGAGAAGAAGAGACGUAUGUGACUGAUAUGAAGACAGAAGAUAUAGAGGGAGAAGUAGAGACGUAUGUCACUGAUAUAAAGGCAGAAGAUAUAGAGGGAGAAGAAGACACGUAUGUGAGGGGUGAUCAGCAGUGUAAGGAGGAGGAGAUCCCUACAGAUAUCAGCACAGAUGGACCCACAAGCAGGAAUAUCUCAGAAGGACAUCUAAUGUUAUCCCCGGAUUGUGACAUAAAAGAUAAUGACAGCAGACAGGAUUCUCCAGGAGAUAAUCCCAUUACCCCAAUUAUACAUCCAGCUCUAUCAGCUGAUCCCUCUGAUCCUGGGAAAUGUUCUCCUGAUCACUCUGAUAUUGGUGCAUCUGUUACAGCUCUGAGAGUAGAUACAGUGUUUCCCUGUUCUAUAGAUGCCAAAUGUUUUACACAGAACACAAAGCUUAUUACCCAUCUGGCAGCUAAGGCAGGUGAGAAGCCACUGAUAUGUUCUGAGUGUGGGAAAUGUUUUACCUGCAAAUCACAACUUGUUUCACAUCAGUGCAGUCACAAAGGUCAGAAGCCAUUUCCAUGUUCUGAGUGUGGGAAAUGUUUUACAGAGAAAUCACAUCUUGUUACACAUCAGAGACGUCACACAGGUGAGAACCUAUUACCAUGUUCUGAGUGUGGGAAAUGUUUUACACUGAAAUCACAUCUUGUUACACAUCAGCGAAGUCACACAGGUGAGACUCCAUUUCCAUGUUCUGAGUGUGGGAAAUGUUUUACAUACAAAUCACUUCUUGUAAUACAUAAGAGAAUACAUACAGGUGAGAAACCAUAUUCCUGUUCUGAGUGUGGGAAAUGUUUUACAUACAAAUCAACUCUUGAUGCACAUAAGAGAAGUCACACAGGUAUAUCACCAUUUCCAUGUUCUGAGUGUGGGAAAUAUUUUGCACAGAAAUCACAACUUGCUAGACAUCAAAGAAUUCACACAGGUGAGAGGCCAUUUCCAUGUUCUGACUGUGGAAAAUGUUUUGCACAGAAAUCACAUCUUUUUGCACAUCAGCAAAGUCACACAGCUGAGAAGCCAUUUCCAUGUCAUGAGUGUGGGAAAUGUUUUACACACAAAUCAGAUCUGGUUAGUCAUAACAAAAGUCACACAGGUGAGAAGGCAUUUUCUUGCUCUGAGUGUGGGAAAUGUUUUGCCCGGAAAUCAGAACUUGUUAGACAUCAGCGAAGUCACACAGGUGAGAAGCCAUUUUCUUGCUCGGAGUGUGGGAAAUGUUUUGCCCAGAAAUCAAAUCUUGUUAUACAUCAGCGAAGUCACACAGGUGAGAGGCCAUUUCCAUGUCCUGAGUGUGGGAAAUGUUUUGCACACAAAUCAGAUCUUGUUAGUCAUAACCGAAGUCACACGGGUGAGAAUCCAAUUUCUUGCACUGAGUGUGGGAAAUGUUUUACACGGAAAUCACAACUUGUUAAACAUCAGAGAAGUCACACAGGUGAGAAGCCAUUUGCAUGUUCUGAGUGUGGGAAAUGUUUUACAGAGAAAUCACAUCUUGUUACACAUCAGAGACGUCACACAGGUGAGAACCUAUUACCAUGUUCUGAGUGUGGGAAAUGUUUUACACUGAAAUCACAUCUUGUUACACAUCAGCGAAAUCACACUGGUGAAAAGCCAUUUCCAUGUUCUGAGUGCGGGAAAUGUUUCACCCGGAAAUCACAACUUGUUAAACAUCAGCGAAGUCACACAGGUGAGACUCCAUUUCCAUGUUCUGAGUGUGGGAAAUGUUUUACAUACAAAUCACUUCUUGUAAUACAUAAGAGAAUACAUACAGGUGAGAAACCAUAUUCCUGUUCUGAGUGUGGGAAAUGUUUUACAUACAAAUCAACUCUUGAUGCACAUAAGAGAAGUCACACAGGUAUAUCACCAUUUCCAUGUUCUGAGUGUGGGAAAUAUUUUGCACAGAAAUCACAACUUGCUAGACAUCAAAGAAUUCACACAGGUGAGAGGCCAUUUCCAUGUUCUGACUGUGGAAAAUGUUUUGCACAGAAAUCACAUCUUUUUGCACAUCAGCAAAGUCACACAGCUGAGAAGCCAUUUCCAUGUCAUGAGUGUGGGAAAUGUUUUACACACAAAUCAGAUCUGGUUAGUCAUAACAAAAGUCACACAGGUGAGAAGAGAUCUGGUUAGUCAUAACAAAAGUCACACAGGUGAGAAGGCAUUUUCUUGCACUGAGUGUGGGAAAUGUUUUACACGGAAAUCACAACUUGUUA